AUGGCGAGAUCAGUUUUCCUCUGCCUGACAUUACUACUAAUCUGCCUUCAACUACUAUCAAAAUCCCCUGUUGCGGAGGCCUGGCUACCUUAUCAGAACCCCAUUCGAGGUGUGAAUUUGGGUGGUCUGUUUGUCGUAGAAAAAUGGAUGAUGGUUGAUCAGUGGGCUUCCAUCGGCUGUGGAGCCUACAAUGACGAGUGGGAGUGUGUCCAGGCCCUGGGCCAAACAGCUGCAGAUGCCGCGUUCAAGAGGCAUUGGGGCUCGUGGAUCACUCAAGCUGACAUUACGCAGAUCGCGAGUUUAGGCCUCAACGCGGUUCGGAUCCCAGUCGGGUUCUGGAUGAAAGAAGAUCUCGUUCGAUCGGACGAGCACUUUCCUCGAGGAGGCCUCGCCUACCUGGAAAACGUAUGCAAAAUGGCCAGAGAUGCUGGACUGUACAUCAUCAUCGACCUCCAUGCUGGCCCCGGGGGCCAGGACAAAAACCAGCAAUUCACAGGGCACAGUGUAAGCACGCCAGGUUUCUUCAACUCGUACAAUUACGAGAGAGCGUAUCAGUUUCUCGAAUGGAUGACCCGACUCAGGCACACGAACAACAACUACGCCAAUGUGGGCGCUAUCGAAGUCAUCAACGAGCCUCGCCCCCAAACUUCAGCGGAGAAGGCCAGCCUUGUGAAUGAUUACUACCCGACUGCUUAUAACCGCAUCCGCGCGGUGGAGGACAGUCUGAAUAUCGCACAGAAUGAUCGACUCCACAUUCAGAUGAUGGACACCCGAUGGGGAGAAGGCAACCCGAAGCAGCAUUGGGGAAGCAGUCCCUACUUCGCACUCUACGACGAUCACAAGUACUUGCAUUGGGAUAACGGAGUGCCUGCCACUCGCCGUGAUUACAUGUAUCAUUCCUGUUAUGACGAUGUCGGCACUGGUAGCAACAGCAACGACAAACCUUUGAUUGUUGGAGAGUGGAGUCUGUCCCCUAGAGACGAAGACAAUUCGGAAUUUGAUAUCAAUCGGUCCGAUGCAGUCGAAUUUUACAAAAAUUGGUUCGCUGCUCAGCUCAAAGACUACGAGAAAAGUCGAGGCUGGAUGUUCUGGACGUGGAAGGUAAACUGGAUCAACGGUCGUUUCGAUUUUCGAUGGGGUUAUCAACAAUCUGUUCAAGCUGGAGUGAUACCCAGUAGUCCUAGUUUGGCCGUAGCCAUGAAUGCUUGUGCUCCCUAUGGCGCAUAG